AGGUCAGAGAUGACCUAUAGUCUGCAGCCACCAACAUCAUGCAGCCAACGUUAUGGAGUCAACCAGCCUCGUGAGGGGUCAACUCGCACGUCUGACCAGGGUGGUCCGCGGGGGCAAGCGCCGAGCUUCGCCUUCAGACGCCAGGGUCGGAAAAUAUCAUCUUUGUCUCUUGUCCAAAUCACCAUGGAUAUGCCGAAACAUUUCGUUCUGAAUGAUGGCCACAAAAUUCCUUCCGUAGGUUUGGGAACAUUCCAAUCAGACGAAGGGAAUUCGAAGGUCAAAGAAGCCGUCAAACUUGCUUUAAGUCUCGGUUAUAGGCACAUCGAUGGCGCUGCUGCUUACGGCAAUGAGGGGGAGAUUGGACAAGCGAUAAAAGAGUCUGGCGUUCCUCGGGAAGAGAUAUUUGUGACCUCCAAAUUACCACAGACUGCGCAUGCACCCGCAAGUGUUGAGAAGGCCUUAUCCCAAACAUUGAAAGAUACAGAUCUUGACUACGUUGACUUGUAUUUGAUGCACUUCCCCCAUGCGUACAAAGCAGAUGAGGAUUUGAAGACAAUUCGACACGCAAGUGGCAACGGCAAACCAGUCAUUGAUUAUGACUUGUCACGCAACUAUGCUUCGACCUGGAAAGCGAUGGAAGCCUUGGUGAAAACUGGUAGAGUGCGAUCAAUAGGGCUCUCAAAUUUCAACAUCCUCAAGACAAAGAAACUUCUGUCCACUGCAGAGAUAGUCCCAGCGGUGAACCAAGUUGAGCUUCAUCCAUAUCUCCCGCAGAAUGAACUACUCGAAUUCUCGAGGCGGUACGGUAUCCUACUAAUGGCACACCAACCCCUCGGCGGCCGGCCUGUAGGCGUCGUUCGUGCUCAUGCCGAUGUCCCGCGGCCAAUCGACGAUCCAAUUCUUAUCGCGACAGCUUUGAGGCUUGGUAAGAGCACAGCUCAGAUAGCCUUGUCAUGGGCUGUGCAAAGGGGAAUACCGGUGGUUCCAAAGUCGGUGCAGGAGCACCAUUUGAGGCAGAAUCUUCAAAUAUUCAGGCUAAGUGAUACGGAUUUUCGUAGCAUCGAGAAACUAUUGUCCGGCAGAGACCCCGUUCGUUUUCUCGACCCUUCGCCGCACAUUGGGUUCAAUAUCUUUGACGAGGAAAAUGACCAGCCUACUGCUGACCAGGCCCCCUGGGACUAGGUCACAGAACCGCGGGGCAGUAGUGGCUAUGAGAUACCGUAGCUAGUCAGCACGAUAUACUCUUUCACAGGGAGUUAAACGUACAACAUUAGCUAGAACCCUGAAUAUAUCCAGUUUCCGAAAAUU